AUGUCAGAUUUGAAGAAAGAUCUGCAGGAUCGCGGUCAGUGGGCUAGUAAAGCUGAGUUUCUGCUUGCUGUUGCUGCACAGAUUAUUGGUCUGGGUAACGUGUGGCGAUUCCCAUAUCUGUGUUACAAGAAUGGAGGAGGUGUGUUCUUCGUGCCAUACAUGUUAUUCCUGGUAGUGUGUGGCGUUCCUCUCUUCCUGUUGGAGACGGCUCUGGGUCAGUUCACCAGUUUGGGAGGAGUCGGCGCCUGGAUGAAAAUCUGCCCUCUGUUUGCAGGUCUGGGUUUCGCCAGUCAGAUGAUGAUCUUACACAGUUGUGUGUAUUAUAUUGUUAUUCUGGCCUGGGCAUUUUUCUACCUGUGCAGCAGCUUCCAGACGCAGCUUCCCUGGUCACACUGCAACAACACCUGGAACACAGACUCCUGCAGGGGGUUUGAUCGACACAACAUGAGCGAUCUCUCUGAAAACGCCACGUCUCCAGUCAUUGAGUUUUGGGAACGUGAGGUGUUGGACCUGUCUGCUAGUGUGGAUCGUCUGGACUCAGUAAACUGGCGUCUGGCCCUGUGUCUGCUGCUGGUGUGGACAGUCUGCUAUUUCUGUGUCUGGAAAGGAGUCAAAUCCAUCGGCAAGGUUGUGUAUGUCACAGCCACCUUCCCGUAUUUGAUGCUGCUGGUGUUGUUGGUUCGUGGGGUUUCUCUACCUGGUGCUGUGGACGGGAUUGUUUAUUACCUGAAACCCAAUCACACACGGCUGAUGGACCCACAGGUAUGGAUGGAUGCUGGGACUCAGAUCUUUUUCUCAUAUGGCAUUUGUCUGGGAAGUCUUACGGCUCUCGGCAGCUACAACAAAUUCAACAACGACUGUUACAAGGACUGUUUCAGACUGUGUCUCCUCAACAGCAGCACCAGUGUCAUUGCAGGAUUUGCCAUUUUCUCCGUGCUUGGCUUCAUGGCACAGGAGAAGGGUGUGGAUAUCGCAGAUGUGGUGCAGUCAGGUCCUGGUCUAGCGUUCAUAGCGUAUCCACGGGCCGUGUCCAUGAUGCCUCUGCCGCAGCUGUGGGCCGUGUGUAUUUUCCUCAUGAUACUCAUGUUGGGUUUGGACACUCAGUUCGUCAGUCUGGAGGCAUUGAUAAUGUCCGUGUCAGAUCUGUAUCCCACGCUCAUCCGCAGAUGUCACGGGCGUGAGAUUCUGCUCCUGCUCGUGUGUUUGGUCUGUUUCCUGAUCGGACUACUGAUGGUGACACCGGGAGGCCUGUAUGUGUUUCAGAUCUAUGAUAAUUUCUCCUGCAGUGGAGCCAGUCUGCUGCUGCUGUCGGUCUGCCAGUCUGUGGCCAUCGGAUGGAUCUACAGUGCAGAUCGCUUCAGUAACAAUAUUAAGGCCAUGAUCGGUUACCAGCCGCUCUGCAUCUUCAGGCUGUGCUGGCGUUAACUGACUCCCGCCAUGUGCAUUGUGGGUCACUCGAUCUGGACACUGAUAGCAGAUGCUGAUUGAUCGUCAGCAUCCUCUGAGAACAUCUCUGUGUGUGUUCAGGGCACAUUCGGGUUCUCGCUCAUGUUCUGGUCUCCGCUGACCCUCGCCAACGGUGUGACGGCCCCUGUAUGGGCCACGGUGAUGGGCUGGACGCUGACGCUGUCCUCUGUGUCUCUUCUGCCUCUCUGGGCCAUCUACAGCCUCAUGAA